AUGGCUCGAGUCUGCACGGUGGCUGGGACCGAGCUCGCCGCUCUAAACACGAGGGAUCUGAGCACCCUCAUAGAGGUGCAUGGUGGUUUCAAUAGAGCGGUGAGGCGACAUCUGGCUCCUUUAAUCGGCGUGCCGACCUUUCGACAGAAGCUGCUCUUGGAGGGCCACAUGCUUCAGGACGAAGACUUAUGGGAUGGGAGCAUGAAGGAGCUUCAGCUGGUCCUCUUGACUUUAUCUCGGGAUUGGACAAAGGAUCUCUGGGCAGCUGUGAGGAAGAACUCGCAUUUGCAGGUGAAAGAGUUGCUCGAGCAAUCCCAAGAUCCAAACGUGGAAGCUUUGGCUUUAACCCCGCUGCUCCAUGCAUCUUCCCACGGCUUCCUCGCAAUCACUCAGCUCUUGCUCGAAGCAAGUGCAGAACCUGACAGGCCGGAUGCAAAUGGACAGACCCCGCUGAGACUGGCCGGGGAAAACAGCUACCUGGACACAAUGAGGGCCCUGCUGCAGGCUGGAGCUGACAAGGAUCUCCCGGAUUCUGCCGGAGCGACGCCCUUGUUGGCCUUCGCGCGCGACGGCUCCGUCGAGGUUUUCCGGCUUCUGCUCGAGUCUGGCGCUGACAAAGAUCGAGAAGCUGCCGACAAGGAAACACCGCUCUUGGCAGCUGCAAGGGCCGGGCAUAAGGAUGCGGUGCAUGUAGUGCGUCUGCUGCUGGAAGCCAAAGCGGAGCAGAAAGCAGAUCGAAACGGUGAAACUCCUCUGCAUGCAGCCUCGCAAAACGGUUUAGCCGAGAUUGCACAACUCCUGAUCUCCCGAAGGGCCGACGUCGAUAAAUUGGAUCGCAAGCGCCGUAGUCCCCUGCUGGUUGCCUCGCGCGUGGGCUGCACGAAAAUUGCACGGCUGCUGCUAGCAGCGAUGGCUGAUCCUGACGUAGCCUCGGUUGUAAAGGACACGCCUCUCUUCGUGGCCGCGCUUCAUGGGCAUGUAGAAGCGGUAAGAUGUCUCCUUAUGGCAAAAGCUCAGACGAACGUUCAAAAUUGCGACGGUACCACCCCUCUAAGUGCGGCUUCUGAAAAUGGCCAUGUGGAUAUCGUGCAGGAACUUGUGUGUCAUGGGGGCGAUUUAGAUCGGGGAGACUUGGUUGGAGCCAGCCCAUUGCUGCUUGCUGCAGCUUCUGGCCACUUGAAAGUCGUCCUUGCUUUGAUUGAGGCUCGUGCUUGUGUGGAUUUGGCUGAUCGCCACCAAGAAGCGCCUUUGCUGGUGGCCUCCAGAGCUGGAUUCUAUGAAAUCGUUCGCGCUCUGAUAAGCGUUAAUGCACGGCACCUGCCAGAUGCGACUGGCGCGACACCGCUGCGGACCGCUUGCGCGAAUGGUCAUGCUCGGAUAGUGAAGGCAUUGCUGCAGUCCAGAGCCCAUGCAGAGACUGCGGAUGUGAACGGAACGACCCCUCUCCUUGCUGCUUGCCGGCAGGGGCAAACUGCCAUGCUUGAAGCAUUGCUCGCUGCUCGAGUCGACGUAAACAGAAGCGAUGAAAGUGGAUCCACACCUUUGCUCGUAGCGACGGGCCUUGGCCACCUGGCGAUUGUGCAGCGCCUUGUCGAAGCUCGAGCUGACAUGGAAAAGGAGAAUCUGUCGCAUGAGACACCGGUAGGCCUCGCAGCCCAGGGAGAGCGAGACGUCCUUCAAGCUCUGCUAGCAGGGGCAGAUGGAAGACUUGCGAAGGCACGAGGGCUGCUCGUCGGAUAA